AUGGUCUGGAAUAGAUUAAUUCGCGUGUCCCAUCCCAAAUCGCUCGCCUCCGCUGCACGAACCAUCCUGGCUGCGGCCCGAUUGCAGUCGUUUGCUGCUCAUUUGCCCUUUGGCGAAAUUAUUUGCCCAAUUCUCCCACAUAAUCUGACCAUUCCGCCCAAGCUAGGCCGUGCCACUGGCGGUGGAGAGUUGUUUGCCCGUCUUGAUCCGUCCACCGGUUGCAUAGAGCUGGCCAAAGUGGCCAUCUUGAUCAUGCAUGCUGAAGAGAUCACUCAACCUGACCCAGACAGGCCUUUACUCCCACUCGAACUUAUCUCUUCCAACAGGACAUCUCCUCUCAACGGCUGGAGUGGGAUUUCGACUUGCUAUGCUUGCGCAAUGCCCUCAUUUUGGGUGGCAUUCGAAAGCGAGUUGCUCAAUCGCUCGCAGCGCCCACGACGCUAA